AGCAAUAGAGGGGACUAUAAAUACCAUUAGACCAACACAAGUGAUAUAUAUACAUAUAUCUCCUUGUCACAAUAAUCCAUUCCACAAAACCCAUAACAUAUUCUACAAAGUGCUCCCUUAUCACACGCCUUUUUUCAAUUGCAAAUACAGUAAAUGCUUCUCAGUUUAUGCAUAUGUAUGUGCAUGAGUGUUUAUAAAUAAAUACCUGCGUGUGUUGCUCAGCACAGGAAGCCAAAUUGCUUCGCAUACUUUCAUCUCCCAUUCCUUACAGCUUCUUUCUUCUUGUUUUCUUCCCCUGCUGCUCACGCAAAAGAGAGCUUCUCUCAUUCGUUCGAUAUCUCAGAGUUUAAGAGACAACUUUAAUGACAUUGUGUUAAAAGUGGUAGUGAUUAUAAGGUACAAUUAUUGGGUCUAAGUAAACAGUGAAUAUGAUGCUUUCGGCUUCUGUCCAAAAGCAAAUACAACCCCUUGUGAAUUUUCAAAGAGCCAUAAACAUGGAGCCUUUCUUCCGCAGAAAAGAUAAAGUUGUGUUCGUUGUAGGCCCAACAGGCACUGGUAAGUCACGUCUUGCAAUUGACCUCGCAGCUCGUAUUCCAGCCGAGGUUGUCAAUUGCGACAAAAUGCAAGUUUAUAAAGGACUCAACAUUGUGACUAAUAAGGUCACUGAAGAAGAGUGUCAUGGUGUACCUCAUCACUUGCUAGGUUUCGUGGACCCUGAUGCCAAUUUCAAUCCUAAUGACUUUUGCCAUCACGCGUCUGAGGUCAUCAAAUCCAUCAUCGCACGUGAUCGCCUACCAAUAGUUGCAGGCGGUUCCAACUCUUUCAUCGAGGCGUUAGUGAAUGAUGAUCCUGAAUUUCGAUUGAGGUACGAAUGUUGCUUCCUUUGGGUGGAUGUUUCUUUGCCUGUGCUACAUUCAUUCGUAUCUCAACGAGUUGAUCGAAUGGUAGAAGCAGGAUUGGUUAGCGAGGCGAGAAGCAUUUUCGACCCCUCCAACACUAAUUACUCACAGGGACUUAGGCGGGCAAUCGGUGUCCCUGAAUUGGAUCACUAUUUCCGGAACGAAGCAACCGCGGACGCCAAAACGCGAGCCAAGCUGCUUGACGCAGCUCUUGCAAAAAUUAAAGAAAAUACUUGUGUGCUAGCUUGUCGUCAAUUGCAAAAAAUCCAUCGACUUUACAACCAGUGGAGCUGGAAUAUGCAUCGCAUUAACGCUACAGAAGUGUUCCUAAAGAGCGGGGAAGACGCAUGGGAGAAGCUCGUGGCGGGGCCUAGCUCCAUGAUCGUGGAGCAAUUCCUUUACUAUGAGGAUCAUAUGGGGACUACUGUACCAUCAAAGACCGCGCCUGUGAUGGCUUCUACGGUGAUGCCAAUUCCAAUUCCAAUUCCUAUUCCUGCAAUGGCAUCGGCGGUGCCGAUGACUCGAUAGAGGGCUUACUAUGUGUAGAGACUCAUAGUCUUGAUUGGUCUUUCCUAAGAAAAAUUAAAAUUAAAAAAAAUUACAGCGUGGUAUUUUAAAGGAAGCUUGUCUAUGCGGUGUUUAGUGGCUACGUUACCGUUUUACGUAGCCGAUAAAGAGCUGCUUCGGUGGGGACACCUUUCUCUUGUGUAAUUUACGGAAAAAGGCAGCCGUACAGCUGAUAAAAGCAAAAUGGAAAUCGGAGCUGACCCUGUUGUACACCUGCAUCAAGCAUCAUACAGCAGGCUUCUCUUCCAAUAUGAUAUUAUUAAUUUAAAUGCAGGAGUGAGAGUUACCGUGAUUGUGAGUAAUUAAAAAUUUUCCCUACUAUAGUAGAUUGGAAAUAUCUGAAAGGUGUGAAACUUCCUAUUUUUCCUCUUUAAUCUUACUCCUUUAUUUACUCCAUAUGAUUGAUAAAUCACCAUGUCUAAAACCUGCAACGUGGGACCAGAGUGUAUUAUUUGAU